AUGGAAGAACCGAAUGACUUCACGAAGGAGCAGCCGCACCGGUUUACAGUACUCCUCACGUGCCAUGAUCAUCUCGGAAAUCUCUUCGCCAAGAACCUAGAAAUGUACGAUUUCGAUGAGCAGUCGUUUUUGCGGACCAACAUCUCCCGUAGAGAAACGGUAAACACAGAACUGCUGAGCGCUGUUACGUUGAUGUCUAUCAGUGCAUCAGUACGUGAAGCAUUUAACGCUCGUCGCACUGGAACCAACUACACGCCGGAUCUCGUCUUGGUUCACGAUCGUUUUGAAAACGCCUUGUCCGAGUAUUUGGAAGGAAUAGUGAGGUGGUUGCAAGGUGUUCGUCACAUAUUCCCGUCUGCUCGAGAAUAUCUUCAGGCUUAUCACAAGCUCCUGUUCAUGGAAAGGCCAGAGGUCUACUGCGCCUUGGAGCAGGGUCCAACGGAAGCGGAAUACAUGACAUGCUUCAAAGUUAUUUGUGAGUGUCGGCUGAAGGAAACUGUUCUAAGAAUGAUUCUCGGUGACCACAUCACAAUGCUGGACAAUCAGGAAGCAAUACGUCUCAUUGAAGGCUUGACAAAGAGAGCAGUAGAAAACCGUGUGGCUGCGGAUGCCCAUCUUCCACUGAUAACGUUAUCCAAUCCGGUUCAGCUGAUUGAUCGACUGUUCCAGCUUAGUGGGUAUCGUUGGCAACCUGGGGUCGCUAUGCCAGAUGAAUUCAAUUGUUUCGCGACGAAGAAGUAUUACUGGAAAGCGUGGUAUAUUGUGAUGAUGUGGGCGUGUGCAGGCAAUGUUUCAGGAAAGGUUGGAGAUGAAAUGGAGAAGAUUUACAGUACUUAUCCGCAGUUGCGAUUGUUUAUUCAUAUGGUCCUCGUGAAGUCAUUCCGAUUUCCACUAGAGUUUGAAGGCAAACACCGGAGGAAUGGGAGGAGGUUAGAAACGGAAACUGCUGAAAAGGAGAAAGAGGCUAUCUUGGUAAUGGAGUCAUUUCUAUCGAAAUCGAGUAUUGACGAAGAAAAUUCGAAGUUGUUAGGAAACGAUCUGGGCAUGCCAAGACGACCACCUGAGACAGUGAUUCGUAAAUUGGAAGUGUUGGCAGUGGACUGUGGAAUGGCAUCGAGACUAUGUGAAUGCAGACAGCCUGAUAUGGUUGACCAACUCAUCCGAAAUGUUGGUCCAUCGAAGGCUAUGCCAGCUAUUCAGGAGUUGUUCGCAACAAAUUCGUCUGCCAUAGAAGCGAUGCCAGCAUCAACUUUGUGUCAAUAUCUACACUAUGACCUACAACGCCGAAAGCUAGCCAAAGUCGACGAAGGCAGCGCCGUCCACAUGGAGUUGUUCGCAACAAAUUCGUCUGCCAUAGAAGCGAUGCCAGCAUCAACUUUGUGUCAAUAUCUACACUAUGACCUACAACGCCGAAAGCUAGCCAAAGUCGACGAAGGCAGCGCCGUCCAUAUGUUUCUCGAGUCCGAGCUGCUUUCGCCUGAUGCUUCCGUGCAGGACGACUGUGUGAGCGCAGUUCUGUUUCUCCUCGACAAACGUACCGCUUUCAACGUUCGGCGAACGCCUUGGUGCCAAACUGGUCCUGACUAUUUUGAUCCGUUUGAAAUGAUGGAUUUGGACCAAGCUGGCGAAGGUGUCUGGAUGCGUGGUUUACAAAAUUCACCUUUUUAUCCGAGAAUAGCGUCAUCAAUGGUGACACAAUUGGCUCGCGCGGCGCUCGACUCUGAAGGUGCUCAGCUGGACCUGCUGUUAACAGCCAUACAGUCUCAGAUGGACAAGGAGAACAUGCACCAG